AUGGCAAGCUCUAUUGCUAAACUCGUGUGCGCGGUUCUGAUUAUGGGCCUUACCCUGCCUGGUACUUUGGCCACAGAAUAUGAGGUGUGUGAUAGCGACGGUUGGGCCUUGGGUGUUAACGUCUUAGCAUGGAUUUCCACCAAGACCGUUCACGUUGGCGACGUCUUCAAUUUUCAUUUCGUAAGUCCUCGAACGGUGGCCCUUGUGGAUGCGGAUGGGUUCUUGACGUGUGAUGCUUCUCACGCAAUUUACAACGAUGCAAGUGGCUACGUCCGCCACACUUUCACUCAAACUGGCACUUAUUACUUUAUCUCUGCUGGGCUUUUGGACUGUGCUGCUGGCCUCAAAUUGAAGGUCGUCGUUGUUUGA